AUGGACAUUAGUCCACGAAACUUCGAGCCGCUGUCGGGCGUGCCUGAUUCCGAGCGUCGCUCGUCAUCCGCGCGGGCCCCGUUAGCCGGGGCCAAGCAGAUCACUCGAAACCGCGCGAGCUACAGCUGCCACACUUGUCGCCGGCGAAAGGUGAAAUGCGACAAGGUUCACCCCAUUUGCGGAAACUGCGCCAAAACCGGAGCCGAAUGUCUUUACGAUGCGUCGCAUAGGCGCGAAGAGGGGCGCGACCGGGCCGAGCAAGGUGGACAUGGAGUAAAACGAAGGAGGCAGACACCACGGACUUGGGAGGAAGACGUUGACGAGCUACAAACCAUUUAUGGGCAAAUGAGGCAGACUGAGGCGUCUACCGGGCAAAAGUCCAACCCGCGUGCUAUUGAGCACCGACUAGACAAGUUAAUGUCAAUGAUCGACCGACUAGGCGGCCGUGCUCAGGCUCUUGAAGCGGCUGAAAAACAUGCCGCAGCCCCAUGCGCCGCGGUAGAAUCCGCUCUUGUGGAGGAAUUGCGACAGGCACAUACCCGAAACGGAAGAGCGAUAUCUUCGCGGUCCUCGAGUCCACGUCGCGCUGCUGCAGAGUCGAGCGGUGAUGAAUUUCCCAUUCCUUCAGGCCAGGCGACUGAUCUGGUUGAUCCGGUGGGCAGUCUGAACUUAGGCCACUUGAGCUUGGAUGAUGGCGGCAGGUCGAGAUACGUCGGCACAACAUAUUGGGCUUACAUCUCUCAUGAAAUCAAUGAUCUAAAUCAGUUACUGCGAGACCAAAAUCGAUCGCAUGAUUUAUCGCCCUCUCCGAAUGUCAAUGAAGACAACACUGACUCCAUGGCCAACGGUUGCAGAUCGCGAAAGGGGUUAGUAGACAACCUUACCCCAAGGUCUGGGUCUGGGUCUCGAGGAUCCUUCCAACCAUCCAUCAUCUUUCCAUCCGGCGAGUCUCCACCCGGAAAUGAAAGGCUUGUGGAGCCGGAAAUGCUCAAACAUGUCCCAACCAGACGGCAAAGCCAAAUCCUAUACAAGGGUUUCAUGUCUGGUGUUCAUGCAAUCAGUCCAGUUGUCCACCCUCCCACUAUCUUGAAGCUCUACAAUGCUUUUUGGAACUGGUACGACUACAGUAGCUACUCCGGAGAAACGUGCCCAUGUCCGUCAUUUAUUCCACUACUCUACGCCAUCUGGUACGGCGGCUCUGUUACGAUUUCCAUUCGAACAAUUAAAGCCGAGUUUAACGCAUCAUCUCGGUUUUCUUUGUCCUCCAUAUACAAUGAAGAAGUGACUCACUGGUUGGCAAAGAUAUCGUUUCCUCGAAGCCCCUCUCUGCAAGGGCUAUCAGCCUACCUCAUCGUUCAAACUAUCUUGUCUAAAGAGGAAGAGCCUCUCACAAGUAGUUUGUUCGUCAGUCUCGCAAUGCGGGUGGCACAGACCAUGGGCCUCCAUCGAGAUCCGGCAAAAUUUGGAAUUGAGCCAUGCGAAGCAGAGUAUAGACGCCGACUUUGGUGGCAUAUCAUGCAUAUGGAUGGCGUGGUGGCAAUGUCGAGCGGUCUUCCUCCUCUGGUCAGUGAUGAAAACUAUUGGGACGUACGCGAAACCAGUGAAAUAAAGGACACACUACUGGGCUCUCCAGUGGCCGAACGAUACGAGCAGAUGGUAGCAGCAAACCAGCAGCUUCCUGAACACCCAGACGAGCCCUCUGUCUGCGGUGGGCCAUCAAUGGUGAACGUGUUUUAUCUGACGGCCAGAGGCAAAUACACAAUGGCUCGCGCUGUCCGUCGAAUACUGCGUAUUCAAUUAGGCACCAAACCAGUCACUCGAAGAGAUAUGGAAGAGCUGCGAACGAUUCUCCUCGAUCUUCAAUUGAAUUUGAACUCAAUAAUAAAUCGAAUUCCCGAGGAUAAAUCUGAAGAAACCUCAGGCGCAGCGGGCCGAGCCCUGUCCAUGUCCAGAUCGCCCGUCGAGGUGCAGUCGACUGAGACAGAACUUCCAGGUGAAGGCCCCAAUGGGUGUACCGAGCAAUAUCACUCACCUGUCUUGGUUUCCUUUCAUAAAUGGGCCAGAAUUAUUCUAUCUUUAUAUAUAGAUAAGGUCAGGAUCAUUCAACGUCAGGUUACGAUUUUGACUAACAAGUGGCAGGCGUUCUGUGUUGCAUAUCAACCCUUUCUGAAGAAUGCUCGCAGUCGAAUCUGGCCUGCCGCCAGACAGAGUGCGCUUCGUCACUGCCACGGCUUCAUGGAAAAGUUUAUUCAAUUGGCGACAGAUCCUGACUUCCAGCCAUUUCACUGGAGCUGGCCAGGGAUCAUGCUCAUUGACCUAUACGAGCGACCAUAUAGCCCCGAGGCUUCAAAGUCACGCGCUUUCAUCGACCGAAUUCUGGCAAUUUCUGGCCCAGAUGGAGGCGUUGUUGGUGGUGAAGAUGGCAUCUCCACUCAGCGACCACUUAAGGAUGGUGGCCGCGAAGCAUGGGACAUGAUCCGACGCCUUCGUCAAAAGGCCUGGCAAAAGGCCGGUCUAAAUCCCAAGAUGCUUUGGACCGAACAAGACCAGAUCCAAGCAGGAAUUGCUUCGCCGGCAGGAGAGGCCAACAAUCUGCGUAGUUCAUACCACUUAGGGGCUUCACCAGCACCCGGGUCUCCUGCGGCCUCUUCGAUACGUCAAACGGCUGGAUCGGGUCGUCAAAUUAACGACUUUAACCGAAUGUUCUACAAUUUGACACGGUCUCAGGUCCUUCCUAACCCUGCCAUUACCUCGGGCACAGUAAGGCCUAGUCCCUUGAGAUACUCCGCCCAUCCUCUGAGACGACCGUCUUAUUCCCUUCCCACUCCUCAAUACAACCCCAAUCCAGCCGCCGUUACUAUGACUUCUCCAGCUACUUUGGUGUCGCCUUCUGCUAUGUCAUCCUCACCUGGUGCGGCAUCCUCUAUGGGAACGCCCUCAUCUGCCAAAUCUUCCGCCGCUUCUCAUUCCCAGGUGCCCCAGCCCCUUCAACCGCCUCCUGACAUGCCCUUCAUGGACCCCGUGUCCCCGAAUCCACCUCCAAUGGGAGUCCCCACACCGCCGUCUAUGGUGGAUCCGAAUCUAAACUUCGACUGGGACCAAUGGGACGCAGUCUUUGGACAGCAUCUGCCCGUGGCGGAUGAGCUUAUGGAACUGGAUCCUGUUUCUGGACUGGAAUUUGCCAAUUUCGGGGUCCCUCCUGCCAACGCUGGUGUUGAUGUCAAUGGGAUGUCUACAGAUGAUUUUCCAGCAGCCUGGGCCGACAAUCCAUCGGGCAAUAGCGUUUCCUCCAGUGACUGGACGGGAUAUUGUUAA